UUCCACCCUCAAAAAACACACAUCCAAAUACAGAAAGUAAUUAAAACUUUCCUUACGGCAUCCUUUGUGUGGCAAAAAACAACAGAAAUUCACAAGGAAAUGUCUUAAAGACCAAGUCCAAUUUAUAAUGUCAACAUAAAACGAGAGCUUCAAUAUUCAAUUCUAUGAUUUCUAUCCCCAUGACUAACAUUUUUCCAGUCGUUUUCAUUUCUCCAACCGAGUAUUAAACACGCAACCAACUCAACCACACCCUCCUCCUUCAUCCUCUACAAGCCAGAAAACUUUAGAGACUAAACUCUCUCUCGAUCUAGACCAUCCUCUUCUUCUUCUCUUGAAACUCAUAGUCUAGUCUGUGUUUUUCAAAGCCAAACUUUUUCGAAGAGUACAAAAUGAAACAGAAAGAAGAUCAGCAAGUACUACAGCACCGACAAAAAAGACUUGUACUCAUAUCCUUAAAAUUCGCAAAACCCAUCGCCUACUUUCUCCUCCUCCUGCUAUCGUACACCUUGGGUUGCCUAUCAUCCUCGAAUUCCUCACCUUUUAAGAAUGCCACGUCACUCCCGACAACCUCGACUCCAACUCCGACCGCACCUACUAUCCAAGACCUCGCAAACUUGCCUUCUCAACUCGACCACUUCCGAGUCAGCACUCACUGUUCCAACCCGCUCCCCUCCGAACUCGUCCGACAAACGAUCCUCGACCGUGUCUACAACGCCACGUCACCUUUCGAUAACUUCCCGCCAGUCCACGUCAGCUCCCUCCUCCGUCCCCAGAGGCUCAAAGGGUGGGGCUCAAACGGCGCCGUUUUCGAACACCUUAUCCAGAAAGUGAAGCCCAAAACCAUCAUCGAAGUCGGCACUUUCCUAGGCGCGUCGGCGGUUCACAUGGCCGGGCUGACUCGCCAACUCGGCCUCCAAACCCAGAUCCUCUGCGUCGACGAUUUUCGCGGCUGGCCCGGGUUUCGGGACCGGUUCAAAGACAUUAAAAUGUUGAACGGCGACGUUUUGCUCAUGUACCAGUUCAUGCAGAACUUGGUAUCCGUAAACGCCACGGAUUCGGUUUUGCCCGUGCCGUUUUCAACCGGGUCGGCUCUCAACUUGUUUUGUGAGUUGGGCGUGUUCGCUGAUUUGAUCGAGGUGGAUGCAGGUCAUGAUUUUAUGUCGGCUUGGUCCGAUAUCAAUCGGGCGUACCGGCUUUUAAGACCCGGUGGAGUACUUUUUGGGCACGAUUAUUUUACUGCAGCUGAUGAUCGAGGUGUUAGGAGGGCUGUGAGUCUGUUUGCUCGAAUUCAUGGCUUCAAAAUUAAAAUCGAUGGCCAACAUUGGGUCAUCGAUUCAACUUAAUCACUUUAUCUUGUGGAAUUUUUAUUUUGUAUGACAAAGAUAUACAAGAUAAUACAAAAUACUAGACGUCAAUAUUCUAUUAUUAAACGUAUUUCUUUUUUCUUAUUUUAUGAUAUCUUUUUUUGGGGAUCUUGUGAAAAUUGAGGGGGAUAUAUACGACUUGUAAUUAGAUUUAAACCCUAAAUAAAAAUGUAGAAUGCCA